GUUUUUUUCCAGACUGGCAGCCGUCUUUUUUUGUUUUGCUUCGAGAGACACACGAGCGGAUCUCGGAUCAUCACAUUUGAAUGUUUGUUUUUCAUCACAGAGCUGCGGAUUUAGCGGCGGCUGACGAGAAGAGCAAGAGGAGGAGGACGACGACGAGGAAGAGGAGGAGGAGGAGGAGGGGGAGGAGAGCGGCGUGCCGAGGGUUAACUUUCACCAUUGUUAGCCUAAAAGGGGGCUUUUUGGAGGAGGAGGAGGGGGCGAUGAGAUCAAGAUGCCCGGGUCGCUGAGCAAUGAAGACGAGGCGCAGGACGACAUGGAUUUUGACGACGAGAUGCCAGAUGAGGAGGACGCGCGCACAGCGCUGCCUCUGGCGUCUAUCGGCGGCUUCUUCUCGGAAGACGGCGACUCCUUCAAGCAGCAGCAACAGCAGCAGCAGCAGCAGCAGAAGAAGAAGAAGAGCAAGAAGAUGAAGGAGGGAAAGGUGGCCAAAAUCAAGAAGCGGAAAAAGGAGGGAGGCAUCCAGGUGAGCGUAGACAGCGAGCAGGACCGGGCGUCCGAGGCGGAGGAGGACGAGGCGGACCGUCCCGAGCGAGGCUCCGGGAGCGAGAGCAGCAUGUUCAGUCCCUCCAAGAAGAAGAAGAAGAAGCCCAAGGAAAAGAAAGAGCGGAAGCCCAGGAAGAAGAAGCGGGACGAGGAAGACGAGGAUGACGACGAUGACAACGGGAGCAUGAAAGAGCCCAAAUCGUCCAGCCAGCUGAUGCACGAGUGGGGCCUGGAGGACGUCCAGUACGGCUUCACCGAGGACGACUACAAGACCAUCACCAACUACAAAGCUUUCAGCCAGUUUCUCAGGCCUCUCAUUGCCAAGAAGAACCCCAAGAUCCCCAUGUCCAAGAUGAUGACGGUCCUGGGGGCCAAGUGGCGCGAGUUCAGCGCCAACAACCCAUUCAAGGGCGCGUCUGCCACCGCCGUGGCGGCCGCUGUCGCCGCCGCAGUGGAAACGGUCACCGUGGCGCCGCCCACCUCUGUGAGCCAGCUGAACGCUCAGCUGGGGCCCAUCAAAAAAGCCAAAACCAAAGAGGGAAAAGGGCCCGGGGCUCGAAAGAGGAGCAAGAGUGCGAAAGACGUGAAGAAGAAAGUGAAGGCGAAGAAGACCAAAUCGAAGUCGGGCCAAAGCGGGAAGAAGAAGAAGACGUCCUCGAGUGACGAAGACUUCCUGGACGAGUCGGACUUUGACGACAUCAGCAUUCUCAGUGCCUCGGUGCUUUGCGAGGCCUCGGGGGCCGUCGCCGCCAAGAAAAAGGCCAGGCGGGGACGCAAAAAGAGGAAAAAGGAGGACGGCGACGGCUACGAGACGGACCACCAGGACUACUGCGAGGUUUGUCAGCAGGGCGGCGAGAUCAUCCUGUGCGACACGUGUCCGCGGGCGUACCACCUGGUGUGCUUGGAACCUGAGCUGGAGAAGGCCCCCGAGGGCAAAUGGAGCUGUCCGCACUGCGAGAAGGAGGGCAUCCAGUGGGAAGCCAAAGACGAGGAGGACGAGGAGGAGGAGGAGGCGGCCGGAGAGGAAGAGGACGACCACAUGGAGUUUUGCCGAGUGUGUAAGGACGGCGGGGAGCUGCUGUGUUGCGACGCCUGUCCGUCCUCCUACCAUAUCCACUGCCUCAACCCGCCGCUGCCCGAGAUACCCAACGGCGAGUGGAUUUGUCCGCGCUGUCUGUGCCCGCCCCUGAAAGGCAAAGUGCAAAAGAUCAUGCACUGGAUGUGGGGUGAGGCCCCGCUGCCCGCCGAGCCGCCGCCGGCCCCGGACGGCCACCCCGCCGCCGACCCCCUGAACAAGCCGCCGCCCCUCAAGGGCCACCCCGAGCGGGAGUUCCUGGUCAAGUGGGCCGGACUGUCCUACUGGCACUGCUCCUGGGCCAGCGAGCUGCAGUUGGAACUCUACCACACGGUGAUGUACCGCAACUACCAACGCAAGAACGACAUGGAUGAGCCACCGCCGUACGACUACGGCUCCGGCGAGGAAGAGCUCAACAGCGACAAGCGCAAGAGCAAAGACCCGCAGUACGCCGCCAUGGAGGAGCGCUUCUACCGAUACGGCAUCAAGCCCGAGUGGAUGAUCAUCCACCGCGUUGUCAACCACAGCUUUGACAAAGACGGGGAUGUGCACUACCUGAUCAAGUGGCGAGACCUCCCUUACGACCAGUGCACGUGGGAGGUGGACGAUUUCGACGUGCCGGAAUACGACAGCCAUAAAGCGUCCUACUGGGACCACAGGGAGCAAAUCUUAGGCGAGGACCAGCGCCCCGUGGUGCCGUCGAAAGGACCCACGCUAAAAGAGGAGCAGCCUAAGAGGGAGAUCCCUCCGGACGCUCCCAUCAUUGACCCGACCAUCAAGUUCGAGCACCAGCCGUGGUACAUCAACGCCACCGGGGGGACGCUGCACCCGUACCAGCUGGAGGGUCUCAACUGGUUGCGCUUCUCGUGGGCGCAGGGCACCGACACCAUCCUGGCCGACGAGAUGGGCCUGGGCAAGACGGUGCAAACCAUCGUCUUCCUCUACUCGCUCUACAAAGAGGGUCACUCCAAAGGUCCCUUCCUGGUGAGCGCGCCGCUGUCCACCAUCAUCAACUGGGAGCGGGAGUUUGAGAUGUGGGCCCCCGACUUCUACGUGGUGACCUACACCGGCGAUAAAGACAGCCGCGCCAUCAUCCGGGAGAACGAGUUCACCUUCGAGGACAGCGCCGUCAAGCUGGGACGCAAAGCUUUCCGCAUGAAGAAAGACACGCCCAUCAAGUUCCACGUGCUGCUCACGUCCUACGAGCUGAUUACCAUCGAUCAAGCCAUCCUGGGAUCCAUCACUUGGGCCUGCCUGGUGGUGGACGAGGCACACAGGCUGAAGAACAACCAGUCAAAGUUUUUCAGAAUCCUCAAUGGCUACAAGAUCUACUACAAGCUGCUGCUAACUGGAACUCCUCUUCAGAACAACUUGGAGGAGCUUUUUCACUUGCUCAAUUUCCUCACGCCGGAGCGAUUCAAUAAUCUUGAGGGCUUCCUGGAGGAAUUUGCCGACAUCUCCAAGGAGGACCAGAUCAAGAAGCUGCAUGACCUGCUGGGCCCGCACAUGCUCAGAAGGCUCAAGGCGGACGUCUUCAAGAACAUGCCGGCCAAGACGGAGCUGAUCGUGCGGGUGGAGCUCAGCCCCAUGCAGAAGAAGUACUACAAGUUCAUCUUGACGCGGAACUUCGAGGCCCUCAACUCCAAAGGCGGCGGCAACCAAGUGUCCCUGCUCAACAUCAUGAUGGACCUGAAGAAGUGCUGCAACCACCCCUACCUCUUCCCCGUUGCUGCUGUGGAAGCUCCCGUUUUGCCCAACGGCUCGUACGACGGCAACCAGUUGGUCAAGUCGUCGGGAAAGCUGACGCUGCUCCAGAAAAUGCUGAAGAAGCUCAAGGACGAAGGCCACAGAGUUCUCAUUUUCUCACAGAUGACCAAGAUGUUGGAUCUGCUGGAGGACUUCCUAGAGUUUGAGGGUUACAAAUACGAGCGCAUCGACGGCGGCAUCACCGGAGGCCUGAGGCAGGAAGCCAUCGACCGCUUUAACGCACCAGGCGCUCAGCAGUUCUGCUUCCUGCUCUCCACUCGAGCCGGAGGCCUGGGAAUCAAUUUGGCCAGCGCAGACACCGUCAUCAUCUACGACUCAGACUGGAACCCUCACAAUGACAUCCAAGCUUUUAGCAGAGCGCACCGCAUCGGCCAGAACAGGAAGGUGAUGAUCUACCGCUUUGUGACGCGGGGCUCGGUGGAGGAGAGGAUCACUCAAGUAGCCAAGAGGAAGAUGAUGCUGACCCACCUGGUGGUGCGGCCCGGCUUGGGCUCCAAGACGGGCUCCAUGUCCAAGCAGGAGCUGGACGACAUCCUCAAGUUUGGCACGGAGGAGCUGUUCAAGGACGAGAUGGAGGCGGCGCGCACCAUGGGGGGCGACAACAAAGACGGCGAGGAAGGCAACGUGAUCCACUACGACGACGACGCCAUCUCCAAGCUCCUGGACCGCAGCCAGGAUGCCACGGAAGACACGGAGAUCCAGAACAUGAACGAGUACCUCAGCUCCUUCAAGGUGGCCCAGUACGUGGUCAAAGAGGAGGACGGAGAGGAGGAGGUGGAGCGCGAAAUCAUUAAGCAGGAAGAGAACGUGGACCCGGACUACUGGGAGAAGCUCCUGCGCCACCACUACGAGCAGCAGCAGGAGGAUCUGGCCCGCAACCUCGGCAAGGGCAAGCGCAUCCGCAAACAAGUCAACUACAACGACACCACCCAGGAGGACCAAGGUAGGCGUCGCCAAACAAGGCCAGCACCGUAUCUGCGGUUGCCGUUAGCGCCCCGGGGUUCAUCUUUCAUAGUGGCGCGUCGGAGUCACGUUCAGGAUGCAGGACAUUUUGUACAUUUACAGUGGAACUUUACAAUGGAAAAGGGAGGGGGGGGGGGACAAUCGGAAUGAUAUGCUUCGAAAAAAUGCAAGUUGUAACCUCUUAGACAGCGAUGGCCUCACAUUGGAGCGGAUUGUUUUCGACUGGAAAGUCCCCACUGUAUUUGUCUCGACAAAAUGAUUCCGCAAAUGAACUUGUCAUGCUCGUGUGUCGAGUACGUUUUUGGUAGUCCUGUUGUUUGAUGCCACGUGGAAGGCGCGCUUGUCCAUUACAUUACAUUACAUUACGUACAUACUGUACAUACUCUAUCAAAUGAGUCCAUCUUAGCUUUUGCACUCCUGGAUUUUCAUCCUGAAGGCGGUUUCAUCGGCGUCCACGACCAGAACGUCAGCACAGAACGUGCGCGUAUUUCUUCCGUCCUCCCAGCUUGAUGAAUUUCAAUGACAGCUUUUGACCUCCAUGAGUGUGAUCUUUCAAGUACAUGAGUUCCGCCAUGAGGACUCUCCUCAAGCGCUCAGCCACCAAGAGAGGUUCAACAUUUUUGGAGAGCACCCUCUCCGACUUGCUAAAAAGCCAGGGCGCGCUCGUUGAGCUGGCUGGCGCGACGCCCCCGGGUGGCAUCCGACGGAAGCAAUGUACUUUGUCGUCUCUGAUGUGUGG